CCAGGACUGGCUUCCUCAGGAGGGAAGUGUGAGGCGGCUCCUGUGUGCGGAUACCUGCUGCGAAAUCUGCAAUGCCAUGGCUCUGGAGAUUCAGCAGUUGCUGGUGGGUGAGAACACCCUGAUCUCUCCCCCUUCAUCAGGGCCAUUGCAGGGCUCCUCUUGCCUAGAGAUUUUGUCCAUGUCUACUGUGUCUUUCAACCAGAGUCUGCAGCAACAUUCCCUACACUCCAAAUCACUUGCACUUGGAUCUGCAACCCCCCCAGUGUUGCAAUUAGUGGAUCAGAAAUCCUUAACACAGUCAGCUGUCCAGUCAGCUGGUACAGUCAGGAUCCAUGAUUGCUGGGCUGAACACCUCCAGCUGGGGCAGGGAUUUCAAAUGCCAGAGGUGCCCAGGGGCCCAGAGACUUUGUGUUGUUCAAGACUUGAGGAGCCUAGGGUUCCAGUGAACCAGCAGGAGAUGAUGCAGAGCAGCCCAACCCUUGUCUGUGGAAACCAAGGACAACAGUCCUUGAAUUCCCAGGUCUCUGUGCAGACCCUGAACGGAGAAAUCACUACCCUGACACACCCUAUGGCCUUGCAUAUGGUUACUGUCCUCCCUGCCCACCUGCCAUUCCUCAGUCCUGAAGUCCUAAGGCUUCUUGAGGUACAUGUGAAAAAAUGGAUGCAUUUCCAGAGGUGGGGGCUACCCAGACGUGUGGAGGAGUCCCUGAGGCAGCUUAUGCCAAAUCCGCCGUUGUUUUACCAACCUGUAAAUAACCAACCAGUUUCUUUCAUCCAGAAGAAUACUUCUCAGUUCUCUAUUGAAAAAUUCGGGACCUAUUCCUACCAGACCUGGGGUUCAUGUAUGGCCAGCCAGCCUACCCAGGCCUUCUGGGUUUCUGAAUGGUCCAUUAUGGAUCCAGAACAAAGACACCACCACCAGCAAAUCCCAAAUGAUAUGGCUCUGGCCUUGACCUCUCCAGCCCUUAAAGACUCAAGUGGCCUCUAUGCACUUCCUGGGUACCAGGAUCAUGACUCAGUGGGCCAUCUGCAGCAGAAAUACAGCCAGCUAUUCUGUGGACUCCCUUCUCUGCACAGUGAGUCCCUGGUUAACACCUUCCUGGGCUCUCAAAGUUUCUGCACAAAUGGGAGCAUGUCCAAGCAUCCCUUGAAGGAUUCUUUUCUCUUCAAGGAACUCUCCAUUCUCCCUCUGCUACCUAAAACUCCACCCCAGUCUGCCACACCCUCUUCCCCAUCUUCCCCAAACUGGGUCAUUCCAUCUGACUACCAACAACCUCAAAUCAGUGUCCCAUUUCUGACUCUGGCCGAGUGUGAUGCCCUGGAGUGGCACCUGCUGCAGAGGCAGCUCCAGCUUCAGUGGGGCUUGCCAGCUGUUUUCCAGAGACCUCAGCACACCCAGAACCCCAUGCAGUAUAGACCCUGUGGCAAAGCCCAGUCUCCUGAGACAGUGAAAACUUCCUGGCCAGUGAAACCCAUCACAGUCCUCACUAGGGAACUAGUCUUCUUCCCGGAGCAUGCCCGGAGGCUGCUAGAAUUCCACCUCCAGCGGCAGUUGAUUCACCAUCGCUGGGGCCUGCCCCAAAAGAUCCAG